UUGACUGCAGAUCAAAAGGUCAUAUUCGUUUUAGUUUACCAUACUGUCUGUAGGUGACGGUCAGUCUGGUAUGGCAAGCCUAGGGAACUGUCUUGGCUACUUGUGGGUAUCUCUAGUGUUUGGUUUGUCUGUAUCAGUAAUCGGAUGCUUCUACAUUCCACUUUUCAAUGAUGGGGAUGAAACAGUGAAAGGCAAGGUGCCAAGAAGGUUGGAUGAACGAACACUACAUAUCCUAAGCACCAUACUCACUCUGCCAAGUACGGUGUUAGUCAUCAUUGUUUGCUGGAUGAUUUCAAAAGCUGAAGCUCAACAUGACGUCACAAGACGCAGUUUUGCGUCCUACAUCUUGAUAGGAGUUGUUAUCUUUGCACUUGGAACGGCUGCAAACGUUGUUAUGCAGGUUAUGGGUGAUGUGCAGGUACUUAUGAAAUCUGCAGAAAUUCUCACUAUAAAUUGUACUAACAGUGACAAUAGGGGAGAGAGCAUAGAAGAAUGUAACUGUGUUUCUUAUUGGCAAAUCAUCCAGCAUGUGACCAAGCUGCUCUUUGUAAUAUCUGAAACUAUCUUCUUAAGUCUUUGUGUUACUAAACACCUUGUACCAAAAUGGUGGUUGCAACUGAUGAUGGCUAAUCUUCUUGCAAUUGAUAUAUAUUUGGCCAUUUGGACUUGGGUUUACAAGUUUACAUCUGAACAUUCUCAUAAUGAAGGUGAACCUCAUCUUUACCCUGACUUUCCAGGUGUUCCUGAAUCUCUUCAAUAUGUCUGCAAAAACUUAUCUAUAACAUUAACUUUGUACAAGAUUCGUUCUAAGUCUAUUCCAUGGUUAUAUCCAUUGCAAACUGAGUUCUUCCUGUGUGCUGCUGGAUUAUUGUUGAACUUUUGGUUUCACAUCCCAAACUCACAGAAACCACAAGGACAAACUGGAGAGAUGCACUCACUGAGCACUUCUGAUGUUAAUAUCGGUCAAGCUCGCAGACGGGUUCGUGCACAGGGUAGGGGACUAUGCAAUGGAACCAUCAUCAGUUCAUUACUGGGAGCAUGCACUGGUUUGUUCUUCUUUGUGAUGGUUCUUAUCUUGGGAAUUAUAGAUCUACAAGACUGCAACAAUGAGAACAAACACACUGGUAGUGCAGAUCACAAUGAUACCUACAGUAUUUCCACAAAGGUGGCAAUGGAGUGGCACAGCUAUCAAUGGAUAGGAUUUCGAAUCAUCACCAUCACUAUUACUACGGUUGUUUUACUGGAUCUGUUCUGUUUUCAUAAAAGAAGACAGGAUGUUCAUUCUACAGUAGAUAUGUGGGUGCUUGGAGUGUUCCUUCCAGCUGUAAUAGUCUUUCAGCUAUCACAACUAAUCGCUGCAGCUUAUCUGCAACCGUCAGAUUGCAGUCCUCGCAUUCAUGGUCAAUUGGUGAUAACAACAAGUGUUAUGGCAGUCUUGGAUGGCCUCCUUCAAACUGGUUUGGUGUUGUGUGGGCCACAUUUCUCUUGUGAUCUCAAAUCACGUAGCCAUCAAAGCGAAGAUGUUGAAAGGACUCCUCUCGUUCAACAUGAAGGUCAUUGCUGUCUUGCCAAGCAUCUUCUCACCUUUCUGGCCUUCUGUGAUUUGUCUGUGUGGUUGGUUCGAUCAUUGGAAGCUAUCAACAAACAGCUUCGAAGUCGAUCUGCUCCUUCUCAGUAUUUUGGGCCAAACAUAUGGCCAAACAUUGCCAGUUUUAUUUACCCAAUUCUUGCCUUGUUUUAUUUUCACUGUUUUGCAUGCUUGCUUGAACUUCAUCUUCUUCUUAAACCCAAGCCAAAGAGGUCAUGAUUAUUGUUUUAGAAGCUGUCUUAAUAAUCAUGUCCGACAUUGCUCUUCUGCUUUCUACUUGUACAUACCAACCAGAAAGUGGCAACACCUAGUUUAGAAAAAUGUAGGACUUUUGCUGGUGAACGCAUUAUAGACUGUUGAAAGAA